UAACAAGAUAAUGCGUGCAUUCUUUAAUUAAUAGGGGAAGUUGGGAACUGCAAAGCCAACAACCUUAUGUAGCAUGACAUCUUUGAUUAUCAUACAGACAGGAUAUUUGUGCUGAAUUUCUACUUAUCUCAUCUCUCUGUAAAAUCUGCUUCUCUCUUUUACAUGGCUCAGUGGGUUCACGAACUUCAUUUUCCUGAACUAGACAUUCCUAUAACUAUUCACAAAGUAGAACCCAUCUUGUCUACUUCUAACAUACCAACAAACAACAAAGACAGUCUCUAUCUCUCCAAUCUUGAUGACAUGGUUGGAGUGCGUGUUUUCACUCCAACGGUGUAUUUUUACCAGUCAAAAGGUUUGAACUCCCAUAUUGAACCUGCCGUUCAAAUACUUAAAGAUGCUCUUAGGAGUGUCUUAGUGCCUUAUUAUCCUUUCACUGGUAGACUAAGGGAGACGAAGAACGGGAAGCUGGAAAUUUUCUUUGGGCCUGAUCAAGGUGCUCUUCUGGUUGAGGCGCAUUCUGAUGUAGCCUUAGCAGAUCUUGGAGAUUUAUCAGUCCCAAAUCCUGCCUGGAUAAAGCUGAUAUACAGGUUCCCUAAUGAAGAAGAGUACAAAGUUGUUGACAUGCCAUUGGUGAUAGCCCAGGUGACCAAAUUCAGCUGUGGUGGAUUCAGCCUUGGUUUGAGAAUCUGCCAUUGUCUCUGCGAUGGCCUUGGAGCAAUGCAGUUUCUCAGUGCCUGGGCUGAAACAGCGAAAGCCGGCUCGUUGGUGUUGAAUCCUAAGCCCUGUUGGGAUCGGGAGAUCUUUCUUCCCCGUGAUCCUCCCAAGAUCGAGUUCUCACACACUGAGUUCAAGAGAAUCGAUGAAGGCUCAACCCUGACAAUGAACCUUUGGCAAGGAAAACCAGUUCAGAAAUGCUACAGGAUAAGCCGAGAGUUCCAAGCCCGUCUGAAGAAAGCGGUACAAGCAGAUGGAGAAUUUUCCUACACAACCUUUGAUGCAAUGGCAGCUCAUGUGUGGAGAUCCUGGGUGAAAGCACUGGAUGUCAAGCCUCUAGAUUACGAGCUUCGUCUUACUUUUUCUGUCAAUGCUCGUGCAAAGCUCAAGAAUCCGAGUCUAAACAAUGGGUUUUAUGGCAAUGCCUUGUGCGUUGCGUGCACAACAAGCACCGUGUCAAGGCUUGUCGAUGGAUGCCUAGCUGAGACGGCCCGCUUGGUGCAUGAGGCUCGGUUAGGCGUCUCCGAGGAUUAUCUGAGAUCUACAAUCGACUACAUCGAUCUGCAUAGGCCAAAGAGGCUGGAGUUUGGUGGGAAACUGACAAUAACACAAUGGACUCGGUUUUCGAUAUACGAAUCGGCUGAUUUUGGUUGGGGGAAGCCAAUAUAUGCCGGCCCAAUCGACCUGACUCCCACACCACAAGUGUGUGUGUUCCUGCCUGAAGGAGGAGAGACUGAAGGCAGUGGAGCAAUGGUGCUCUGCAUAUGCUUGCCGGAAUGUGCUUGUCAUAGAUUUAGAGAGUUGUUAUUGUCUCAUGGAUUCAAGUGACAGUUUCUUAACUGCAAAAGUUCAACCAUAUUAUUGCCUGUAACCUGAAAUUUUACUUCAGAUAAGAAUGUACUUGAAUCAGAUUCCGUGUUCCAGUUUAUUUUCUUGAACUCGAGCUGAAAUCAGGAGUAGAUGAAACUAGGACAAGUAAAAGGCAAAUAGUGUGAUUUUGAGCAGUCUGAUCAAUGUUGGCUUGUCAAGCACAGAAAUUAUGAGUUAACUACACAAAAAUAGGAGUCACAAGAUUGACAACCCCAAAACCGCCAUUUCCAAAUUUUAACACCCUUUAUGAAGAACCCAAGAUUCAUUACUUCUGCAUAUUCAUUUCCUCCAAUCUGAGAGAAGGGAAAAAACCAACCAAGAGAAUCUUUUGAAACAAGAGGAACAAAGAAAGUCAAGCAGUUGAGUCAUAUUGGUUCUCUUAAUACCAUUACUUU